AUGCAUGCCCGCGAUGCCACCGGUCGUCAGGUCUCGCUCCUGAACGACGAGCCUACCGCCCAACCCACCCACCAAAGAAUCGACUACCGCACAGUUAACCAGGUCAUCUCACAAACCUUCCACCCGGCACCGCGAAGCAAUUCUUCCUCGCCUCACACUCCGGAGCUCCUCCGCUCCGACUCUUACGACUCAAACGCGAGCAACGAUCCUCUCUCGCCCAUGACUCCUACCUCCUAUGAUCCUUCCAGAGUUGGCGCAUUUCCUGGUCAGCCCAUGUACGACGACUACGAUAUGCCCGCAAAGCGCCCUGCGUAUGCGAACAACAGCCGCGCAGCUUCGUAUGAGGAGGACAGCUCAGCAACAUCACCCUUGCCUGAACGCCCUGGCAAGAGAUACCCUUGCCGCUACCGCGACAGCCACGGUUGCGAGAAGACCUUCACCACUUCAGGCCAUGCUUCUCGUCACUCCAAGAUCCACACUGCCGAGAAGGCCGUGCAAUGCACUUUCCACGGCUGCCAAAAGAAGUUCACCAGAGCGGACAACAUGAAGCAGCACCUUGAGACUCACUAUAAAGACAAGUCUCGCUCCUCCACCUCCGCGAAGGCUUCACGCCCCUCAAUGGGCGGUCUGUCAGCUUCCCGCCGCAGGUCCUCAUCAUCCGUGAGGCCUGCCGCGGCCAGCAACCGCGCUUCCCGCGACCAGCCAAUGUGGGAGGGUGAGUCUCCUUACGGAUACCCUCCCGGCCAAGCUCCCCUCCCAUCUCCCGCUGCAAGCGGUGCGUGGGAUUUGCGCGGCCUGCACAUGCCUCUUGUAAGCCGUCCCAGUGCCGCGAGAACACCCAGCAGCGGCCUGGACGCGCUGGCAAUGGCUGUUGCUUGCCAAGAAGGCGCGUAG